AUGGUGGGAGGUAGAAAUAGGAAGGAUGAAGGAUCGUUCACGGUGAGCAACAGCAAUGUUUUUGCUGUGCUGGAGAGGAGGAAGAAGAAAUCUGACAAAGAGAAGGUAUCCGCAAAGAGCAGUCAGAGUGGGUUGAAAGCUGGGGCUGGGAAAUCAAAAGAACCGGAAGAAGAGAAGCCUCAGGUAUUUUGGGCUCCAGCUCCUUUGACUGUGAAGUCGUGGGCUGACGUGGAUGAUGAGGAUGAUGAUGAUUACUAUGCCACCAAUGCUCCACCCCAGUCUGUUUGGGGUGUUUCGGGGUCGAGUAAACUUGAAGAGAGUCAGAAACCGGAUCCUGUGGAGGAAAGCGAGAGUGAAGAUGAUAUUCUUGAUGAAGGUGAUGACGACAUGGAAGAAGAGCAUGAUCAUGAAGCAGUGGUGGAAGAACAUGCUGAGCCAGUAGUGAAGAAGUCUGUAGACGCUUCACCAGCAACUAAAGAGGCAGAUAAACAGCUUUCCAAGAAAGAGAGAAGAAAAAAGGAGCUUGCUGAGCUGGAGGCCAUUUUGGCUGAAAUUGGAGUUGCCCCAAAAGAGAAAGCCAUAGAUGAGUCAUCUGAUAUUUCCCUGGAGACGAAAGAGGGACAGAUGAAUGGAGAUAUAGAAAAGAAGGAUAAUGUCCAUGCAGAAUCCAAGAGUUCAAGGAAGAAGAAAAAGAAGGAUAAAGCUUCAAAAGAGGUGAAGGAACGCCAGGAUCAGCCCAGCAGCACAGAUGUUCCUAACGGACAAGAGGAUACCACUGAAACCGAACAAAUGAAAGAUGGUGCUUCUGCUGUCAAUGUGAAGGAGCGACUAAAGAAGGCUGCUUCUGCUAAGAAGAAGAAAUCUAAUAAGGAGAUGGAUGCUGCCGCCAAAGCUGCUGCCGUGGAGGCUGCUGCAAGGAGUGCAAAACUUGCCGCUGCCAAGAAGAAAGAGAAGAACCAUUACAAUCAGCAACCUUUACGGUAA